AUGAAUUUCUUCAAAUCCAUUCUGUCAGAGGAUUCGGUUCCUCCAAAACGCGAAAACCCCCAUGACCCGGAAUCCGAAUCCCCGCUGCAGAGGAAUAAGGAUCCGGAUGAUGUCGGUCAGGAUCCAGUUCACAUAGACCCGUCACCCAAAAGCCCGUCUGAUUCAUCUGGUGAUGGUGGCAUUGGUGGCGGUGGGUGGAGUUUUGGGGGUCUGAUCAAGACUUUUACGACCCAAUCCGAGUCGGUGCUGGAGACAUACAGGCGGGAUCUUAGGGAAUUCGGAUCAGGUCUCAGGAAGGAGUCCGAGGUCAUCCGAGAAGUUGCCAGCCGCGCUGUGAAGGAACUUCCGGCUUCUCUCGAGGCCGGUGCGUCGGUUGCUCAUGGUUCGUUGGAAUCCGUUGGACAGGCCCUUGAUGGGGUGCUUAAAUCAACUACCGAUAUAAUUUCACAAGGGAAAGAAAGCCUUGUUUCUGGCUCGGAUGUGGAGUCUGAAACGCCUGAAACUAAUAAGAGCUUGAGUUCGGGUCGGUACAGCCGGUUCGAUGCCCAAUUGAUUGCAAUUCAGUCUGAUGCGAACAGUUUCUGCAAAGAUCCAGAGGAUAUUGAGGAGUAUAAGAAGUGGAAAUCAGGUUUUAAAUUGGAGGAGAGGAGCAGUGAACUUGAGGGGCUAAUUGGAGAAAAUGAGGUUUUGGAGAGCCUUUACAAAAGGCUUGUUCCUAGUACUGUUGAUCACGAGACAUUUUGGUGCAGGUACUUCUAUAGAGUGCAUAAGCUCAAGCAGCAAGAGAGCGCGAGGGCUAAUCUUGUGAAGCGGGCAAUUUCUGUUGACGAUGAUGAGGAAUUAUCUUGGGAUGUUGACGAUGAUGAUGAGGAUAAUGGAUGGGAACAAAAGAGUAAUGUGAAAGGAGAACAUAAAGAUGAAUCCAGCAAUGAAGGCUCUGUUGAUAGGAAUCUUAGAUGUGCUGAGAAACAAGAGGGUUCUGGCAAUGUGCAAAAUAAUGAGGAAGGAGAUUAUUCAAUUGUGGAUGAAGUUGACAAGAAUGAUGCAGUUGACUCGAGUAAGAAGAGUAUCAACAAUGUUUCGUCUGAUGAGAAGGUGAAGUCUGAAGAAAUUAAUGAAGUGAAAAAUGAUGAGAAAUUGGAGUCUGAUAAAGUAGCUGAAGAGAAGAAUGAUGUGAAAGUGGAGUCUGAAAAAAUAACUGAAGAGAAGAAUGAUAAGAAAGUGAAGUCAAAUGAGAAGGUAGAUGAGGAGGCAAAGAGUGAAAAGAAUGGUUCUGGUAAAGAAAGUGAGGUGUCAAGUCAUCAAUCUGCUGCAGAGGAGGAUUUGGACUGGGACGAGAUCGACGAUAUUGAGAGCCAUGACGGAAAGAAAGUUAGUACAACUCAUGAGGGGAGUACGAAUAGAGAUGAGUUGAGGAAUCGGUUGAGCAUUGCAGAAGAAGAUGAAGAUUUGAGUUGGGAUAUUGAGGAUGAUGAUGAUGAACCUGUGAAGGCUUAA